UUCCAUGGCCUGAUCUGCUAUGCAACGUGCCCGACGCCUUUUUCACGCUUAAACAUAUAUAUACCCUCAUCUCCGUCGAUGAAUGUCGAUCUUUCGCCAUCCAACCCUCAUCGAAACUACUUCUUGCAUUUCAGAAACUCAUCAUGAAGGUCCCAACACUGCUUCUCGUGGCUUUGAUCCCCGUCGUCUUGGCUGGCGGUGUAAUUGACAAACGAGAGCCCAAGUCGAAGAAGUCGACUUCAACCACCUCAACAUCCAUCAAGCACACCUCGACAUCAACCAAACACACCUCCACCUCCACCAAACACACUUCCACCUCCACCUCCACCAAAUCCACAUCCACUAAACAGACUUCAACACCCACAAAGUCCAAGAAAAACACCACGCUGCAGACGACAACAUCUGCGCCAACAACCACGGCACCGCCGUUCUGCCCGAACUCGCGAACAAUCCAAUGCGCAUCCGAGUACCUGAGCUGUCCGUGUGUCGCCCAGACCGUCGCGCCCGGACAGUUGCAAGUGGAAAUCUGUCAAAACAUUCAGGGCUAUUACGUGUGCGAUGGUCCCCCUUCCAUUUACUACUUUUCUCCUUCGAGUAUGCCUGCGGCAAAGGCUACUCCAGCAGUUUGAUCAUGAUGAGAUGGGCAGACAACUCGACGUGCGCUUAACGCGCUCGGGCAGCAUGUACUUGAUGCACUUGAAUGGUGGCUUGCUCGGACUGUCUGUGGGAUAGAUGCCCUGCUUUCGAAUGGCUCGAUUCACGUGGCGAGGUUC